CAUAUAAAAAUGACAGCUUUUCAACCCUGAUGAUAAUUUGUUUAGAUUUUUGCACGCAAAAGCGAAAAUAAAAGGGAAAAUUUUAAUAACAUUUCAAAACCUAAUUUUUAUGUGAUUAAUAGUUUGGUAGAAAAUUGCUAGUUUUCUUAAACAGGAAAGGAUUACAUUAAAAUUUAUAAAAAAAUAUGAAAUAAAAUGGAUAAUAUUAAAGUUAAAUCAAUCGAUCAAAAUUCGAAUGACAAAUUUUACACGGAAGAAAAAUCUGAUGAUGAAAGUUCAGAACUCAAUAGAAUAGAAAAAAUACCCAAUGGAAACAUUGAACAUUUAAAUACAACUCAUUCCCUUGAACUAUUAAAUAACAACGAAACGCAUGAAAGAAGGUCAGAUGAACCUACUGAGCUCAGUUUUGAAAAAUUUCCGGAAAAUUGCGAAGAAAAAGAGAAACGUCAACAAAUUGAAAAUGCACUGUUAAACUCUAGAACACUAAAUAUUUAUCAAGAUUUUGCACGAUCAGAUUAUGGUUUAGUAGGUGAUGAUUUACGACGCAAAGUGUGGCCAAUAUUAGCUGGGGUUGACCCAGACAAUAUCGAACCAGCACCAAAACUAUCUGAUUUGAAAUCACAUCCUGAGUAUAAUCAAGUUAUAUUAGAUGUAAAUAGAUCAAUCAAAAGAUUUCCACCAGGCAUUCCAUAUGAACAACGUAUUGCCUUACAAGAUCAACUUACAGUAUUAAUAUUACGUGUAAUUACAAAAUACCCACAUUUGAAAUAUUAUCAGGGUUAUCACGAUGUUGCUAUUACUUUUUUGCUAGUCGUUGGAGAAGAUGUUGCAUUUCAUGUUAUGGAAAUCUUAUCAACAAAUCAUUUAGUUGAAUGUAUGCAAGAAACAAUGGAACCAACACAAAAACGUUUAAUGUUUUUGUAUCCAAUAAUAGAACACGAAAAUGAAGCAUUGUGUAGAUAUUUACAAAAAUCUUCAGUUGGAACAUUAUUUGCCUUGCCAUGGUAUUUAACUUGGUUUGGACAUAGUUUAAAUUCCUAUAGAUCAGUUGUGCGAUUGUAUGAUUUUUUCCUGGCUACUCCAUUCCUUUUACCAAUAUAUGUUACUGCGGCUAUUGUGUUAUAUCGUGUUGAUGACAUUUUCAAAGAAGAUUGUGAUAUGGCUAGCUUACACUGUUUUUUAUCACAGCUUCCAGAUGAUUUACCAUUUGAAUAUUUAUUAAAAAAUGCUGAGGAACUUUAUAAAAAAUAUCCACCAAGUAAAAUGGAAAAGGAAGUUGAAGAAAUGAUGAUAAAAGAGAGAAAACAAAGAGCUUUUGAAGAGGAGCAGGCAACAUUACGUCGUAAAGCUUUAUUGGAAAGAAGAGCUAUUAACUCAAAAUCGAAAUCGAUUGUUAGUAGAUAUUUUUCACAACUACUGUUAACAAAACGAACAAUAUUUGUUACAACAGCAUUUUCAAUACUAUUUGGUCUCUAUGCUUAUUAUUAUAAAACACAAUUAUUAAGUAGUGGAUUUAGCUGAGUAAGUAUUUACUUCCCACUAACAAAAAAUAUCGGUACGAAUGUGCAUAAAAUACCUUCAACACAAUGGGCUAUUGGUUUUUCUAUUCCAUAAAGAGAAUUGAAAAUUUUUUGAAAAAAAAAUAUUUUGAAAUUUGUAAAUAAAUAAUAUUUUUAUAAUUUGUUAUUUAAUUUGUUAAAUGUUUGCAAAUAGCAAAAAUCUUUUCUUUUUUUAAAGUUUUGGAAAAAAAGAAAUAAAUACAAAAGUUAGAAAGGCAAGUGGGAAGUACAUAAAAAAAAAACUUAUUGAAAAAACUAAAAUAUUAAAAGAAAAAAUAUAAUUUAAGAAAAGUUAUUAUAUAUAGUAUUGUUUUGUAACUUUAAUGAUAAUAAUAAAAAGAAAUUUUUAAAUUUUUGGAUAUCGCGGAAAUCAAAACGUUUUUAAAAAAUAUUUUUGGCAUAA